ACACACAUGCGGCAAAAUUUCAAUGUUCUCUUUUGGCGUUUGGAAAGUUUCAAACAAAUUUUGUUUAAAUUUUCAAACAAAAAGCCUUAUUUCUCGUUCUUGCCGUGCAUUUAUACUUUCUCCAACUGGUGUCAAAGCUAUCAGAAGUCAUCUUGGAGCGCCACAUUGUGAAAGAUCAAAGUUUAAAGUUGCAAACUUGCAACCAAAUAUAAAACGUCAAAGUAUGGCUACCAGUUCACAAGGAGGGGAGAAAAAAGGCAACCGUUUGUUGAAAGAAAGGUCACCAUAUCUUCUGCAGCAUGCUUAUAAUCCUGUAGACUGGUGAGUUUAAUUGGCACUGUUGUUUGUUUGCUUGUACACUUAACUUUUGAAAAUUGCAUAUUCUUAAUUAAAUGGAUGAGACUGGAAUGUGACUCGGAAUGUGACAUAUUUUGUCGGACUUGUGGGAGUUGUCCAAAGGGGAGGCAAAUGCAUUUUUGUGGGCCAGAAUGGAAUGUAAGCUCUGUGUGCCGGGCAUAAAACCACCCACCCUAAAAGGGCUCUGUUAACCAUUAAUGUAUAAGACUCUCCCCUUGAUGAGUAAAAUUGUCUGGUGUUAGACAGAGUAAAUGGAUAAGUUGGGUGCAUAUGGGUGCUUUGCAGCUUAUAACGGGUUAAUGCAGGUUUAAAGUUUGGACAAUUUCUUAUUUUCAAGGUAUCCUUGGGGGGAAGAAGCAUUUGAAAAAUCAAGAAAAGAACAGAAGCCUAUCUUUUUGUCAGGUUUGUGAGUACCAUAGUUAUGUACUUGUUUAAGUUUCUAAUGAUGGGAAAUUGAAAUUGGCAAAAAUCUGAUAGUAGGGAUAAGAGUACGUUUCUGGGGUUUGGAACUUUGAAUUUGAAUACAAAGCAGUGUUUCCACAUUUAAGAUUGGAAUUUCC